AUGGCAACAUGGAAAGCAAGGUCUACUGAAACCUGCACAAUCCAGGCAGGCGAACAGAAGGAGGUGCGUCAAAAGUGGGAGAUGUCAAGAGGCCUAAUAGGCGCCCUGCAGAGAGAGGUCCGCAGCCAGGAAGGCUGCACAGAGGAAUUGCAGGACCAGGUGGAGGACUGGUGGCAGAAGUAUUUACAUGCAGAACAACUAGCUCAAGAGCUGCGGGACAAACUGUGUGAAAAUCAUGUUCAGAUUGCAGAAAAUGGGAAGGUGAUCGCCCUGGAGAUGGAAAAGGUAAAAGCGGAUGUGGCCAAUUACCAGGCGCUGUGCGAGCAAAACCUGUCCCUUGAAAGGGAGUUAGAGGACGGAACGAGAGAGCACGAUAGGUUACAGGCCCAGUUACAGAGUGCGGAGGCGGAAAAAGAACACCUGGGAGAACAAAAGCAGUCCCUCAAAACGGAGGUAAGAGCCAGCACAGAGAAGUGUGUAGAGUUGCAGGCUCGAUGGCAAGAGGUAGAAAAGGAAAAGGACCAGUUGGGGGAAGAGAUACAGUCCCUGAAGACCCUAUUAAAAAAGAGCACGGCCAGGGAGAGGGCAUGGCGAGGAGAGAUUGAGCAACAACCGGUACAGGCCACUCAAAUACAGAGUGAGAGACUGACUGCAAUAAGCAAGCAGUUGGAAGAACACGCAUCCAAGGCUAAGGUAGGAUGCAAGGAGCACCUUCAGGAACUUGAAAGCUUGAAAGAGGUAUUAUUAGACACAGAAAAACUAAUAGAGACUGCACAGCCCACGCUCCUAAAGGUCCUGAGAUAUCAGGAGCAACCCAGCACGGUGGGCGUGGGAACUCCUAGAGAACGAGAAGAAACAAGGCAGCAGGAAAAAUAUACAAGGAGGGGGGCACUCUCAGGGGUAGACCCCACAAUGAUAUGGGAAGAGAUCAUCUCCACAGUCAUGGAAUGCCUUGAUCAGAAAUGGGGGCAGUGGGUGAGCCAGUACACAGAAGACAUGAUCUGCCUGGGAGAAAAACUAGAGAAACUUGUCAGCCAGUAUGAUGCUGGAAGAGGGGCAAUACCAAAACAGGGACAACAGAUGGAGGGAGAUAAGGGGGAUAUGGCAUUGGUGCAAGAGAGUGAGCAGGUCAGUGGGAGAAACAAGAACAGUGACCUGAGCUAUCAUAGCCACAUUCAAAAGGAGCAACAUCCAAAACAAAAAGGCCAGAGACCAAAGACGGCCCCGGCUCUGGUAUAUGGUAGGACAGAUCCAGUUUCCGAGGGGGGGAGAGCAGCAGAAGCUUGAAGUAAAAGAGAGGUCCAAAGGCCUGAGAUGGGCAGGAGGGUCCAAAUCCCCAGGAAAAUUAAGGGGGGAGGAGAAGUACAUCCCAAGCUCUACUCUAAGGACAAGAUACCCAGCCCUGCACUGAAGCAGAAACCGUGCCAAACCCAAACUGCAGGCCACGCUAAGGAGGCAGAAGGUCCCUCAGCAACAAAGGGAAUUUUGCUGGAGAAAGAACAAAGGGGAGGAAGGCGGCCAUGCGUUUAUGUUAAUAACCUCCCAGGGCAAGUCAAAUGGUGGACCCUGAGAAAAGUAAUUGAAGCGAGAGUGGGAGGCGCAUCCUAUGUAAAGAUCUAUAAAGGGCCGCGGGGAAGACCCACCGGCUGGGUGAAGGUAGAGUUUUGGAAGGAAGAAUAUACCCAGAAGGCAUUAGAGAGACAGUGAGAGAUUUGGGGAAGGCUUCAGGGGCUCCAGAGAGCCAUGGAAAAGCAAGAGACCACACAACCUGUACGGAAAAAGAGACCAGGGUAUAUAGGGGUGGAAGAUAGUGGGGGGACCAGAAGUGAGAGGGAGAAGAAACCCCAAAAGGUAGGCAGGAGCUCGACUGACAGGGACUGCAACCUACCAAGGUCGGCUAGUGUGGGGGGACUGCCUGCAGCGGGGCAACUCCCAUAAAAUCCCACAUGGUGCACCUUGGGUAAAAGGCAAGUAGGAGGUGCCUGAAAACCUCUGCCUCCACGCAUCAGAAGUGUCGGUGGGCCAGUGCCAGAGCAUGAGAGAAACAAAACAGAGGAUGUGAUAUGGACAAGAGUGAAGACCCGCCUCGGUGAGUCUGGGUCUUAAGGGGGGAGGUGUGUCGCAGGGCACUUAGGUGCCCUGCUCCUAAAGAGGGGAAACUGCCGGGGAAACAGCCCUAGCAGUGACUAAGGAGCCCAGCUGUGGGUUGCCAGGGCGACCAGAGGUCAGCUGACCGGAAGGAGCAGGGCCUGGCUCCCUUAUAAACCCAAAGAGCUGAGGCUAGAGGUAGAUCACUGCCAGCUGCCAAGGAGGAGGGAGCUCUCAGCCAUGCUACAAAGGAGAGGCUUGAUGAAAGAGCUGCCUCUGAUACUGAGGAGAGAUAAAGGAUCUCUGGUAGGCUGGACUGUUGUUAUGGCCAGGUGGCUUCUGUCUAUGUUAUAGCCGAAGGGCUUGCGUUUGUGUUGCUGUGUCCAGUGGUUUGGGUGAGGCUAUUAGGGGUUGGAGGAAGCCUCAUAGGGGACUCACAGCAGAGUGUGAGGACCCCAGCGCCAGUGAAGGCGCAGCAUUUGGGGUGUAUAGACCCCAGCCCCAGAGAAGGGGGCAGCUUUACGGAGAAGGCCCCAGAGGCGGAUGGCUUUAUUGAGAAAGCCCCAGUGUGGGCACGGUGAGCCCCGGAGAGGGGGCAGCAUUACUGAAAAAAACCCAGAGAAAGGGCAGUUGCUGAGAAGUCCCAGUGUGGACACGGAGGCCCCAGAGAGGGGACAGCAUUGUUGAUAAGACCCCAGAGAAGAGGGCACAGAGUGAGAGAGGGCCGGGGAGAGCCCUAGCACCAGAAGGGGCUCAUAUCAAAGGAAGGAAGGCCCAGAGAGGACGAAAAGAGGCCAGAUUGUGAUAGGGCAGAGACAUAACGUCUAUUCCAUCAGUGAGGUGUGGACUGCGGUGUAGGGGAGGAAACGGAGCCGCAGAUAGCGCCCCCUGGCAGCAGGGCAGUACAAGGGCAGCCUCCCGCUAAUUAACACCAAGUAAUCAAUUAACAACAAGGCAUGGCAGAUGAGUAGGCGGGCGGUUGCCCCAGGAACAGGUGUGCGGGCCACGUUUAGGUCGGCCCAGAGUGGAUACCUAUUACACCUACCUAAGCUUUGUGGCCAGCAAAGAUUCAAAAGUUGCAAUGUAACAGAUAUUAGCAUGGCCCAACUCAGCCAGCCAGCCAGCCAAUCGAUUCAUGCAUCUCCACCUGAGUGGGCCCCUUUGGGACCAUGCCUGGGCUCCUUCCCCUUGAUCCAGCCAUCUUCCUGCUGGGACAUGUUCAGAAACCAGGAAAGGGUACAGGGUGCCUGUCUCCCUCCCUGUCCCCCAUCUACCCACCCACCCAACUGGUUUCUGGUGGAGAUCAUUGUAAUGCAUUGCUAAAGUCUUUAUAGAGUUGCUAAAGUCCCUGGGAGGUCCAUGCUUGCUGCUGGGGGGUGGGUGGGUUUGUUUAGUCUUCUUUCUUGCAAGAAAUGCUGGAUACACACCAGCACUUGCCAAGCAUUCAACCUCCCUCUAUCUGAUAACAGUCCACCCUGCAACUUUCAAGUAACGCCAUGACUCCAUAAAAGUUGUGUGGUCAUCAGCUCACUGAAAACCACCCCACACAUUCCCUAUUGGUUAUGCAUGCCAUAUAAACCAAAAAUAAAACACUGCUGGGACACAGCCAGUAACCAGGAAGGGCCACUAACCAGGCUGGCUGCCUACCUGCCUCCCUCUUGCUCUUCUGUCAUGCAGCCCUCCAUUCAUCCAUCCCUCACCAAGCGACAUACUGCAUGUGAUUGGAGAAAGGGAACACUCACACUUAUUAUACAACUACAGUUGAUUGAUAGUAGUAGUAAUACUGAUGAGAAUAUCAAGGGAUUAUUACAGGGACUUUGGGAGCAUAUUGUGAAUUGGUGUUUUAUCCUAUUGUAUUGCGUUUCCUGGCAAUGGCUGUACUGUAAAAAAUGUAGUCACCAGUUGACUACCAAUGGCAUUGUUGAGUAAAACAAAAAUGUGUAUACUAUUUUAACUUUAUUGUGAUUUCUCAAUUGAAUUGAUUGCAAUGCAAUUUAUUGUGGAAAAAAAAAUAGAUAAGGAACAAAACAUUUUGAUUUGUACUUGCUCCUGCUUGAUUUCAGGGCACGGACCUGUAAGUGGGGGAGCAGUUUGCAGCUGGCCAGGGGCAAGAGCACAGUAGCUUCCCAGAUUGGACACAAAGCUGGAUGGGGGA